UUACACCGUAACCCCACUCAGUUGCACUGUAUCACCGCUCAGUUACACUGUAACCCCGCUCAGUUACACUGUAACCCCGCUCAGUUACACCGUAACCCCGCUCAGUUACACCGUAUCCCCGCACAGUUACACCGUAUCCCCGCUCAGUUACACCGUAUCCCCGCUCAGUGACACCGUAACCCCGCUCAGUGACACCGUAACCCCGCUCAGUUACACCGUAUCCCCGCUCAGUUACACCGUAUCCCCAAUCAGUUACACCAUAUCCCCGCUCAGUUACACCGUAUCCCCGCACAGUUACACCGUAUCCCCGCACAGUUACACCGUAUCCCCGCACAGUUACACCGUAUCCCCGCUCAGUGACACCGUAUCCCCGCACAGUUACACCGUAUCCCCGCACAGUUACACCGUAUCCCCGCUCAGUUACACCGUAACCCCGCUCAGUUACACCGUAACCCCGCUCAGUUACACCGGAUACCCGCUCAAUUACACCGUAUCCCCGCUCAGUUACACCGGAACCCCGCUCAGUUACACCGUAUCCCCGCUCAGUGACACCGGAACCCCGCUCAGUGACACCGGAACCCCGCUCAGUGACACCGGAACCCCGCUCAGUUACACCAUAACCCCGCUCAGUUGCACUGUAUCCCCGCUCAGUUACACUGUAACCCCGCUCAGUUACACCGUAACCCCGCUCAGUUACACCGUAACCCCGCUCAGUUACACCGGAUACCCACUCAAUUACACCGUAACCCCGCUCAGUUACACCGUAACCCCGCUCAGUUACACCGUAACCCCGCUCAGUGACACCGUAACCCCGGUCAGUGACACCGGAACCCCGCUCAGUUACACCGUAACCCCACUCAGUUGCACUGUAUCCCCGCUCAGUUACACUGUAACCCCGCUCAGUUACACCGUAUCCCCGCUCAGUUACACUGUAUCCCCGCCAGUUACACUGUAUCCCCGCUCAGUUACACUGUAUCUCCGCUCAGUUACGCUGUAA